AUGUGUUCACUCAUGCGGACGGCCGACCAACAAGAACUCAAUCAAUUGCUUGGCCCGAACUUCACAAUCCUGGCGCCCAGUGACGAGGCGUUUGGUUUGAUACCCGGCUCACAGAUCGAGGAACUCAAGAAUAAGCAAAAACAGAAGGAAUUCAUAGCCCAACACAUCAUUCCCAGUCGUCUGUCAUUAAGUAGUUUUCGGGCUUUCGAUGAAAGGGAACUCAAAAAUGCCAACGGAUUGACACACCAUAUCACAGCCUAUCCUAAUGGGUUUGUAAUAAACGGAGCCAAUGUAAUAGACGGCGAUAUACAAUUACCAAGAUCAAAUAACUUGAUUCAAGUGGUCGACAAAGUAUUAUAUCCACAGAAAGACUAUAAUUUAUUGCAAGUGUUGGAAGAAAAUCCUCAUUUGACACAAAUCUCAUCGUUUUUAGCACUUUCAGGACUUCAGAAAGAGUUGACAACCAACGACUCAUUCACUUUCUUUGCACCCAAUGAUGAGGCUUUCCGAGCAGUUCCCUGGCCAGUCACCCAACAGAUGCUAUCUAACAAUACUUUCUUGAGAUUACUAAUCGCCAAUCAUAUGAUCCCUGGUAAACAAUACGCCACGGGUUUGGCCGGCAGUAAAGUCCACUCCAUCGGUGGCAAUGUCUUGAAUUUCACGAGUAGGACCGUUCAAUCACAUACAUUAGUUUUAGUCAAUUUAGUGCCCAUUCUUGACUCGGAUCUGAUUGCAAAUAAUGGUGUGAUUCAUGUGAUCACGAGAAUUAUUCUUCCAAAGGAAUUGAUGGAUGACUGCCAGUGUCUGUCCAACAGUACGACUAAGAAAGCGGAUAAUAGUACCACCGCUGGGAACGACACCUCAACAUUGGAUCCAUUAAUAGAGAAGAUGUUAUCAUCGGAUCAGAACCUGAAUAAUAUCGACCGUCGCUACGGAUUAGCUCCGCCAAGAAAUACACACCAAAACGGGGAUCACUUCACAUCUACUCCCAAACCCGUCUCAUUCAAGUCCUUCUGGGACGACAUCUUUGCCACGACUGACGACACACUGAAUGCCACUCAAUCGGCGUCCACCACACCUGCAAAUGGGACCCAAACCACACCAAACACUAGGAAUACGACAACACCGGCGCAGACAAACGUCACUGAAUUGCCAUUUAUAUGGGAUUUCCUGACCACAGAAACGCCUCAAGCCAUCAAUGAAUCGACGAAUGGCAACACAUCCAGAGUGGCGUCAAUGAGUCGUUUAAGACAUUUCACGGCUGGAGUACAAUAUGACGACGACUUGAAUACGACGACAACAGCCAACGGAACCACCGCUUCGGACACGGCGUCCACCGGACAGCCCAACCAAUGGACGCGACCUUUCUAUAGACCUGAGCGCAGGAGAAACACCACCGAAACUACGGCUCAAAAUACUACAAACCAAGUGGAAACGACAACCCCUCUUAGUAUUGGGAACUCAUUUUUUAGGCCAACUCUGAAGCCUGUCUUUAGGCCCACCAAUAGAAGGGAAACAUUUACGGGACAACCGAAUACUGAGAAUACUGUUCCGCCAUAUGAUAGACGAUACGGCAUUCAAAGGGAUCAAAAGCCCGCGAAUGGUAGCGACGAUCAGUUCGCCAGAAGACAGUCGCGAGUGAACGAGAAAAUACAAGAACCCAUUGAACAGCUUAAAGAUGAUGACCAGUAUAUUGAGCAAGAGAUUGAACCCCAAUCUAAGUACAAUCGCUCGCAAUAUCCGUAUCAAAGAGAUUCCAAACAAACGGGUCCUCAAUAUCAAGACAACGCAUCGCAACCUGGCGUUAGACGACCGCAUGAUUUGCGACGAAAUGACUCGCGAUAUGCGCCCGAAGAAGUGGAACAGAAGCCAUAUUCGCCCACUUCUUGGACUCAUCAGCAAAACAUAUCGCAUACUCCGGCGCAGACUUAUCCUCGACAACCAGCCAGACAACAGCUAAAUUGGUGGGACUCUCGCUACGAGCCUGAAGUGUAUUCAAUGGCAGGAUACGCACCACCAUCUCCGCAACAACAGCCCAGUCCUCAGACUAGAGAUCAGGACCCGAGAAGUCCUUUCCAAUCGGCGCAGACCAGAGCUGAUAGGCAACGGAACUACAGGCCUGGAGUCGUAUACGUCGACCAAAGUGUGCCCCAGUUUUAUAGACCUCCUGUGAAGGACGGUUCGGGUCGACCUUAUUAUCGGCCACCAAAUGAUACCAAAUCGGGUUCAUAUCCACAGUCUUCCAGAGCUGGAGCGCCAAGAGCUCAGAGACCGUCGAGUGAUGUGUAUUCCAGACCUGAAUAUAUUGACAGAUCAUACGUUCCUUCCUAUGAUCCUUACGGAAGACCAACGAUGGUUGUGGGCGAGUAUCCAUAUACUCAUAUGGAUCAGCCAUACUCUCCAAUGGAUCAGUUCAGACCUCGAGAUCCAUACCAAAGACCUCAACGAUUUGAUCCGUUUGACAGACGUAGGCCUGGUAGCGAUACAAAGACCUCGUCGUCUACUUAUGAUAGUAUUAGGAGAAGAGGUGAUCAGCGGUCCGGUAGACCAGAUGAGGAGAAACCGCAAUCAAAACCUGAUUUGAAAACUAUUAGUGAAAUCAUUGAAUCGCCAGACCUUAUGGUCGGAGGAAAAUUCAAAACCUUCAAUACAUUAAAGGAGUUGAUCACCGAUUCCGGGCUCUGGGAGGCGUUGAAUAGACCGACAACUUUCAUAACCAUAUUCAUGCCAACAGACGACGCGUUCGCCGCCAUCACCGAUGGAUCGGUGGAGGAAAUGAAGAGAAAUCCUAAACUCGUCAAUCCGGGCUCUGGGAGGCGUUGA